AUGUCCAAACUCUUCAUUUCAUACAAUAUCGUGCACAAGCUUUGCCAGAAAGCGGCAGACGAAAUCAAGGCUUCGGGUCGUUCCAUCGACCUUAUCAUUGCCAUUGGAGGCGGUGGCUUCAUUCCUGCCAGAAUCCUUAGGUCCUUCUUGAAGGAAGAGGGUAAGAAGAACAUACCCAUCCAGGCCAUUGGGCUCUCGUUGUAUGAGCAAAUGGGGGACGAGGAGAAGAUUGGAAAGGAGGUUGUAAGAACACAGUGGUUGGAUUUUGGCAAUUUGGGCCAGCAUAUGGAUCUGCUUGUGGGGAAGAAUGUGAUUAUUGUGGAUGAGGUGGAUGAUACGAGAACUACGCUUCAUUAUGCGGUGACUGAGCUUCAGCAGGAUGUCAAGGAGCUUGAAGAGAAGUUGGGCAAGCAGGGUCUGACGAAGUUUUCGGUUUUUGUUUUGCACAACAAGAGGAAAGAGAAGAGGGCUCAGCUUCCGGAAGAGUUUAACGAGAAGGGCAGGUACAUUGCUGGUACGGACGUGGAUGAUGUGUGGAUUGCGUACCCGUGGGAUGCCAUUGACAUUGAUGAGCAUACAGAGGCUGCCAAGGAGCAGGGGAAUUACUGA